AUGCGAUUAUUCCUCCUGCCGAUAUCGACGCGACGGACACUCAUUUACUGCGAGCGCAUCCAGGAGCAGGUCACAGCUGGCCAGAAGCCUCCUCUGCAAGAGCGCGUGAUCAACAAGGCUUCGACGACGUGGGCGACGUGGGAGAAGGCGGAGAAAGGCUGGCAGAAGCAGGUCACCGUCUACGCCAACAAGCUGCUGCGUCGCAUCCCGUACGAAGAAUGGGGUCUCAAGUCGAUACCGCCAGCCACGAAGCAGAGGAUUGAGGAUAUCAACAAUGGCAGACUUCAGUUCGAGUGCAUGUACCCGAGUGCCUUCUUGAAGAGCGACAGGGUACCUGGUGUGCUGAAAGCGCUUGCAACAGAGCGGCAGGCGCUACAUAGAAAGAAGAUGUGGACAAGCAUAGCAUGGAUGCCCGUAUCUGCGCCAUUCACUCUCGUUCCAGUGAUACCCAAUCUGCCGUUCUUCUAUCUUGUCUUCAGAGCUUGGUCGCAUUACAAGGCUCUGUAUGGCGGGAAACUCCUGGAACACGUAUUGCAAAACAAUCACAUCAAGACGAUCGAGUCCAGGCAGAUGAACGAAAUGUAUGCUUCGGGUCUGCUUCACCCCGAACGACACAUCGUGCGCGAGAACGAGAAACCGGCCGAGACGGACAUUGAGAAGGUCGCUAGCGAUGUCGAAGCUCAGGUGCAGGGUGGUCAGGAGGAGGUCAUGCUCUUGCAGAGGUGGAAUGGCAAGCUCAUCGCAGAAGGAUUUCACCUCCCUGAAAUGGAGGUCGAGAUAGAGCGAGCAGUCGAACAGGUGGAGAACGCAAUCAAGGACAGAACUGCGUCUCAGCAAAAUUCCAAGCAAUCGGAAGCUGGAACAGAGAAGACGGCGGAUGUCAAGAUAGAGGAGCUGAAGAAAUGA